GACAAUAAAGAAAGUCGAAGUCUAAGACAGACAACCGACGGGUCUCAAUUUGGGACAAAACAAGUGGCCAGCUGUGUUUGAACCGCACACUUUGAUUUUAGUUUUCUCAUUUUGCUCGUGCAGCCGCUGCUCAGGUGUUGUUUCCUGUAGCCAGCUAUGGCACCAGGGGACGUGGUGCCAGACCAUGCCAAGCAACUGAAGACCAAGGAGAAGCGGCCGGUAAACAGGGCACCGAAAGCAGACUGUGAGCCCGACGGCUCCUUUGUCUUCGAGGCCCACGAGGCUUGGAAGGACUUCCAUAACUCGCUCCGGCACUUCUACGAAGUGGGGGAGCUAUGCGACGUCACACUGAAGGUUGGCAGUAGGUUGAUACCAUGCCACAAGCUAGUGCUGGCUUGUGUCAUUCCUUACUUCCGCGCCAUGUUCCUGUCAGAGAUGUCAGAGGCCAAACAGGAACUGAUAGAGAUCAAGGACUUUGAUGGAGAUGCCAUCCAGGACCUGGUGCACUUUGCUUACUCCUCCAAGCUCACACUCACUGUGGACAAUGUCCAGCCUCUGCUUUAUGCUGCCUGCAUCCUUCAGGUGGAGUUGGUGGCGAGAGCCUGCUGUGAGUACAUGAAGGCCCACUUUCACCCCACCAACUGCCUGGCGGUUCGCACUUUUGCGGAGAGCCACAAUCGCGUGGACCUGAUGGACAUGGCCGACCGCUACGCCUGCGAGCAUUUCACCGAGGUCGUGGACUGCGAGGACUUCACAUGCGUGUCUCCCCAGCACUUACGCACGCUGUUGUCCUCCAGUGAGCUCAAUAUCCACUCGGAGACGCAGGUGUACAAUGCGGCAGUGAAGUGGCUGAAAGCAAACCCGCAGCACCACGAGGCCUGGCUGGACCAGAUCAUGUCUCAGGUGCGCCUGCCCCUGCUGCCUGUCGAGUUCCUGACCGGAACCGUGGCCAAGGACGACAUGAUCAAAGGUAACUUGAGCUGUCGUGACCUGAUGGAUGAAGCCAGGAACUACCACCUCCACCUCAGCAACAAGGUGGUGCCUGACUUUGAGUAUUCGAUCCAUACCAUACCCCGGAAACACACUGCAGGGGUUUUGUUCUGUGUGGGCGGCCGGGGGGGCUCGGGCGACCCGUUUCGCAGCAUCGAGUGCUACUCUGUCACCAAGAACAGCUGGUUUUUCGGGCCUGAAAUGAACAGCAGGCGGCGUCACGUGGGUGUGAUAUCUGUGGGAGGAAAGGUUUAUGCUGUCGGGGGCCAUGACGGUAACGAGCACUUAGGCAACAUGGAGAUGUUUGACCCCCUCACCAACAAAUGGAUGAUGAAAGCGUCGAUGAACACCAAGAGGAGGGGUAUAGCCCUGGCAGCUCUUGGAGGUCCUAUCUAUGCCAUUGGAGGCCUGGACGACAACUCCUGCUUCAACGACGUGGAGCGCUACGAUAUUGAAAGCGACUGCUGGAGCGCCGUGGCUCCGAUGAACACGCCCAGAGGAGGAGUGGGAUCUGUGGCGCUGGGGAGUUUUGUGUACGCGGUGGGAGGCAACGACGGUGUGGCGUCGCUCUCCAGCGUGGAACGGUUCAACCCCCACCUAAACAAAUGGAUUGAGGUCAGCGAGAUGGGCCAGCGGCGGGCCGGGAACGGAGUCAGCAAACUGAAUGGCUGCCUCUAUGUUGUGGGUGGUUUUGAUGACAACUCGCCCCUGAGCUCAGUGGAGAGAUUCGACCCACGAAUGCACCGCUGGCAAUACGUGUCGGAGCUGACUACCCCGCGCGGUGGAGUCGGCGUCGCUACUGUCAUGGGAAGAGUGUUCGCGGUCGGGGGCCACAAUGGGAACAUCUACCUGAACACAGUGGAGGCUUUUGAGCCUCGAAUGAACAGAUGGGAGCUGGUGGGUUCGGUGUCUCACUGCCGCGCCGGCGCCGGAGUUGCCGUCUGUUCGUCUCACGUCAGCAAGAUCAGGGACGUCGGCCAGGGCUCCAGCAACGUGGCCAACUGUAUGUGACCGCCGCUCCGCUCAUCACCAGGUGACUUGACUGCCGGCUCACUGUCAGAUCCCAUCAAUCACUGCACAGGCACACGACACAAAGCACACAGACGGUGAACGAAGCGAUUGCACCCGGCAACAUUGUUACUGUCGACACUGUCCGACCAUCAGCCGCAACCGGUCGAGGCUGAUGUUCAAUUUGCACUCUGAGGAACAUUAGAGAGAUUUCACUGACUUCAGGUGCACAUCUGACAAAUCUGAAGUCCUCUCUGACACAUUCAAGACAUUAUUCUUGACCCGUGCUGGUGAUAUUUGCAAUCAGUGAUGUAGUAUUUUUGUACUGUAUUUUUCUUUUUUGUUGGACUGACUUGACUUAGUUUUGACUUAAAAAAAAAUAAAAUAAGGGAAAGUAGAAUCUGAGCCUAGUAUUUACCGCUAACCUCACGAGAGUGAGAGGUGAGCUUUGAUUCAAAACUACUAGGUCACUUAACCGUUCACAUGAUAAUAAUAAUAAAUGAAAACAAUCCAGAUGAUUUCUGUCUAAGAGGAUCUCUGGAUUCCUCUUUGGCUGUACCGUUGUUUUCUUUAUCAGGAGAGAAAACAUUCAUACUGGAUUCAACACCUAGUUUGCAUUGCAGCGUGUGACAACUAAAAGCGUGUGACACUAAACAAUUCUCAUCCGUCAAUGUCAAAUAGGAUGCUAAGAUGUCAAAAUUUAUAUUUCCAAGAUUCCCUGUGAUCUUUUAUUCCCAGGGCAAGUGAAAGCAUCCACAACGGCAGUUGUGACUCUGAAGGUAAAUUUCAGAACUGUGCUAUAAGCCGGAUCUGACUGCAAUCGUGUGCGAACAAUCAUUUUAAGGCUGAUUUGGGACAAAUCAGUUGCUGCAUCGGAGGCGAGGAAUUUAUCUGAUGCAAGUGCCAAACACAAAAAAACAAAAAAGUGCGUCAGCUGCUUUUAGUUCAACCUCAGGUUUAAGAAAGGUUUGACAGCUAAAUGCGUGAGAGUGAAGGACUGAUCAGAGCAAUACGGUGCACCUCUCCAGUUCUUUUUUCCAGUUUACAUUAUUGUGUUGAGAUCUGUUCAAACUGGACGGGCAGCAGAUUUUCACAUUUUUAAGAUUUGCGUUUGACGAUAGCUGGACUGUCAGUAAUCCAAGUCGGGAGUUUUCACGUGUUUGAGAUUCAGCUAAGGUUCGUCUCUGCCGAGGUUCUGUUAUAUUUUAAUAUAUGGACGUUUUUUGUAAAAUAAAAUGGGGUUUAUCUUUGGUAUUAUUCUUUACAACAUUAUCUAAUCCAUUGCUGUGCACUAUUUUCCUAGAAUAGAUAUGAAGUCCGAGUAUAUUUUUGUCCCUAAAUGGAAAGUUUCACAUUAUGAGUUUGAAGAUGUUUAUUUAUCACUCAUUCUUAUAUCUGCCAUAUCGAAGAAGAAAAACAAAGUAAUAAUUUCUGGCAACCGUUUUGAUUUUCAGGAUGACUAUAAACAAAAACUAUAAAUGGUUUAUACUAGAAGUAUAGAUAUAAUUGCACAAUUUGUGUCCAACGGUUAUUAAUACUAUCAAUAGUUUCUACUCCAAAACUGACGUUGCUGCCAACCUCGUUGGCAAAUGAGCCGGAUGCCUAGUCUUUUGUAAAGUUUUUCUGUACUUCGUGUUGUUCUUCCUCCUCUUGGCUGCUUCCUCCUUGUGCUUUUUAUUCACACGGUAUUGAUAUAAAUUGGUACAAUAAAGUUCUGUGUAAAGUUCA